AUGAAGAUAAUUAAAGUGUAUAAAUCUAUUUGUAUAUCAUUCAUGAUAUAUUUGUCAAGAAUAAUAUUGCAUAGCCUAAAUUCGUUCAAUAUAAUAGUGCAUAUUUCUGUAGAUAACGGAAAUCAAUAUCUGCCUGGGAUAAAUGCGAGAAAUCUUGCACAAAGACAUCCUUCAAGACAGGCAUUAAAACGUCCUUAUAAUUUGGCACUUACACACGAUGAACUUUUAAGACUUCUUGAGAUAUUACAUAUAGAAUCAGUAGCCGCAGGUGAUAUAAUAAGUGCCAUGAUUCGACGUCUGAAUGAAAACACAGGACGUGUAGAUGUUCAAGGGCUAGUUAGGGAGAAGCUGUAUAAUCGUAUACGAAUAGAAAUGCCACAGUACCCCACAGAGAGAAAAGAAACUAUGCAGGCUAGAUUAACCGAAUUGGUUGAUGGUAUAGUCAGAAUUAGUCCAUUAAAUAAGGAUAUAAUUUUACACAAGUUGAACGCCUAUAAUGUGGAAUUAGACGAAACUGUAAGCAUAUUGAAGACUGUUGCAAGACAGCGUACAGAGGAAGGAAUAUAUGAGAUUUUAAAUAAUUUGACACUUAUAGGAGAAUUACUACAAAGUCGACUGAAAAGUAACGAUAUUUUAGUAAAUGAAGAUACAUUAGCCAUAAUGAUACUUCGAUUAAGAAGAAGAGUUUUCGACAUUUUAGACUUUCAUAAUGGUAUGUUAUCCCGUGCAAAUACUAACUGA